AUGGUAGUGGUAAUGGUGAUGGUGAUGGUAAUGGUGAGCGGCGAGACUUUACUUUGUAUAUCUGGCGGAUGGAUAUCUAUCAGUAUCAGAAAAAUUGUUACAGCCGCCGAGUGGAAGAAGAAGAGGCGCACAACAGACGACGCGACGCGUCGAGAGCGGCGACAAGCGCAUGAAUUUUACGCUCUCUCAUCAAUUGCGCGUCGGAGUGGGAGCAGGAGAAGGAGGAGAGGCAGAGUGGCCCGGCUAGAAAAACGUGUGUCCAAGCACUGGCGACUGCGACUGUGUGCCAUCAAUAUCGAAAUAUUGAUGGGGCCAGCAGCUACAGUGCAGCCUGGACAAGAUGUCACAGCAAACAAAAAGAGGGAACUUUGA